ACACGUGAAGGUCAGGAACUGCAGUCAAUCGUUUACAAUUAUCAAAUAAUUGUACAUUUCUGUCUAAUUUAUAAGCGAUUUGCCCAUGAACAUGGAAAACCAAGGAGCCACAGCAGACCCUCAGCUUCAGCAAUUCAUCGAAAUCGAGUCCCAAAAACAAAGGUUUCAGCAGUUGGUCCAUCAGAUGACUGAAGUGUGUUGGGAGAAAUGCAUGGACAAACCUGGGCCCAAGCUGGACUCCCGGACAGAGAUCUGCUUUGUGAACUGUGUAGAGCGCUUCAUUGACACAAGCCAAUUCAUCCUGAACAGACUCGAACAAACACAGAGGAGUAAGGGCUCCUUCUCAGAAUCCAUGUCUGAAUAGUCUAGCAACAUCCUCCACUGGAUAGACUGACAAGGCGCUGAACAGCCAAUCAAGUUGUUUUACAGCAAUGCCAGCUUUCUAUAUGGUGCAAUGAGAACACUGUCCAAUAACCAGGUGGGGAAGAAACAAGUCGUUUUGAUAAGUGCCUCGGUUUUGCACCUUGUAUCAUGUCACCUAGCCAAGUUCCUCUCUCACCUAGUGGGACAUGAGAUUAAGUGCAGUAGUAACAAUUCUGGUUGGUAGCUAGCUAAUAUCUUCAUAUUGUUGGUGAUUCUGAAACUGUGUAGUAAAUGGAAUGAGCCUGUUGCAUGUCAAUCAUAUCAUGAAAACUGAGAUGGGAGAACUCCAUUAGUAUGCUUUUAAAACAAGCUUACCCAGCUGUAGAGGUUGUCCUGGGGCAGAAACAAAGAGCCAAAAAUCUGGGACAUUCAAUUAGACAACGUGUCGGAAAGCCACAAAAACUCACUGCAUUCAGUACCAAGUCAGAGUACGAACAAUGUCUUGUUGGGAAAAGGGCACGAUCUAUGGCCGAAACAAGUGUUCCAUUGUAUAUAUAUGCAAUAAACAAAAAUCUUAUUG